AUGUUAGAGUAUAAAGGAAAUAGGAGGUCUUUAACACUUAUUCUACCUGCAAUGUUUGGUGCUGGUGCGGUUGGUGCUGGUGCUCUGGCUGCCGGUGCUGUUGGUGCCGCUGCUUUAAAAGGAGCUGCGGCACUGAAAGAAAAACAUGAUAAAGAAAGUCAAGGUGGCGACACUGCUAAUACUGGUGGUGGAGGCGGUGUUUCGUUUGGAGGUAAAGUAGGAGGGACUGGUGGUGGAAGUGGUAAUACUAAUGUUGCUGGUGGCGGUGGUGGUGUAGGUGCUACUGUUGCUUGUGGAGGUGGCUCAAGUGGUUGCAGAAACACGGGUGCUAAGGGGCUUGGCGUUAAAUUUGAAGCACAUAGUGGUGGAAGUGGUGAAGGCGAGGGAAAAGGGAAAGGUGGUGGUGGAGACGCUAGUGGUUCUGCUAAAGGUGGUUUUGGAGGGAAAAUUGAGGGAAAAUGGAUAGGUGGAGAUGGUAAAGGGAUGGUGGUGUAA